AUGGCGGGUCCGGAAGAAGAGGGUGGACUGAGUUUGGAGGCCGUGGAGCACUGGUUGCAAGAUUUGCUGCAACCGCACUGUUGCCCAAAGAAGCGGCGGCAAGUCCAUGCGGGGCGUACGUUGCUAUUGGAGUACGCCGACCGCAUACGGGCAGCCGAGGCCGAGGAGGAAUUGAACGUGAACUUCAUCAUGCUCUCCGGGGAAGCGCUCGGCGAGCAGCGGCUAAAUCGUCCCAUGCUGGUGUCGGACGUGAAGAAGCAUCUUCAGACCCUACUGGGUGAAGAGCGCUGGCCGUCCAAGUUGGUCUUCGAGGGGGCCAUCCUCGAUGACCAGCAGACAGUCGGCAGUGCCGGCAUUACCUUCGAUUCGACGGUCCAGGUCAUCUUGCAGCCAGCUGCUUACCUGGUUGAAAAGGCCGGCGUGGGCAUUGUGAACGGCUACUACUUCAAGUCAUCCCGGCGCAUGAACGAUGCCGCCAUGUUCACCAACACCAAGGGAAUCAUGCUCUUCAGGUACGUCAUGCGGCGGGGCACGCCAUACUGGUAUUUCAGCAAUGCCGGCGAUCUCACCACAAAGCAUGGUGACUAUUAUCGGAUACGCUCGACGGACGCCCUGCCGCCUACCGAAGGUUGGACCACUGAUGAUUGCCCACGAGGGGAAGACACGUCCUUGCCCACCCUACGAGCUCUUCUGGAGCCCGAGGUGAUCCUGGAGGAUGAGGGCCAAUCCAGUUCGGAUACCACAAGUGACGCGUAG